AUGUCCGAAAAACUUGGGGAUGUGAAUAUAGGUAUCAAAAAGAUACCAUCACAAAGUGUUACAGAGGAGUAUAUUUUAGAAAGGUUUGGGAAAGACCCUACCUUAGAUGAACCAGAUCCCGCAGCCUUAUUUUUGUACGAAAAAUAUCUUAACACUAGUAUUACAGAAAGCUUGGAGAUUUUGCAAAAGGCCAUAAUAUAUCAUGACGACGAUGUCAACUUUUCUCAGAGUACUAUGGAAAAGCUAAUACUAUUAGUGGAAGGUCCAGAGAAGUAUGCUAGUGAUGUGGAAGUAUAUGAAACAGAAGUUAAAAUCGAAGCGGUUCUUAUUAACUACCAUUCGCCCUAUCCAGAAGUACGAGCAGUUUGCGACCCUUUUGAUGAUCCUUUAAUUCCAUGUGAUACAUUAAGAGCAUACUUUUUAGGACUAUUAUGGACAAUUAUAGGUACUGGGGUCAAUCAGUUUUUUUCUCCCCGUAUGCCCAAUAUCAGUUUAAGCAGUGGCAUCUUACAAAUUUUAAUGCUUCCAUGUGGAAGGCUAAUGGAAUUUCUUCCAAAUUGGGGAUUCACUAUUUGUGGGACCAGGUAUCAAUUAAACCCAGGUCCUUGGACAUAUAAAGAGCAAAUGUUUGCAUCAAUUAUUUUCAAUGUUUCGAUUGGUGGGGCAUUUGCGGCCUUUUACAACAUUAUUACUCAAAGACUACCUAUGUUUUAUGAUGAGCAAUGGGCAACUAUUGGGUACCAAUUCCUUUUGGUAUUUUCGACACAAUUUGUUGGGUUUGGAUUUGCUGGAAUUAUGAGACGAUUGAUUGUUUAUCCUGUCAGAGCAGUAUGGCCAACAAUUCUUCCAACCUUGGCACUAAAUAGAGCACUUGCAGCUAAUGAACCUAAUAAAACAGUCAAUGGAUGGAAAAUUAGCAGAUAUGGAUUCUUUUUAAUAGUUUUCUGUGGAGCAUUCAUUUACUACUGGCUUCCAGCAUAUUUAUUUGAGGCUCUUUCCUUUUUCAAUUGGUUGACUUGGAUUUCUCCUCAAAACUUUAAUCUGGCAGCCAUCACAGGUAGCAUUAGUGGACUGGGUCUCAAUCCAAUUCCAAGUUUUGAUUGGGCUGUUCUUAAUUCAAACUAUCCUUUAGAAGUUCCAUUUUAUGCUCAAGUAAACAUGCUUGUUGGUGCGGUGAUUGCAGGGUUUGUAGUUAUUCCUGGACUAUACUGGAAAAACUUUAAAUGGACAGCAUACCUUCCCAUCAACUCCAACUUAAUUUAUACAAACACUGGCCAGCCUUAUGAGGUUCGUGAAAUCUUAACAAAUGGGCUAUUUGAUAAGGAAAAGUAUCAAAAAUAUUCUCCAGCUUAUUAUACUGCAGCAAACCUAGUCUUCUAUGGAUCAUUUUUUGCACUUUAUCCAUUUGCAAUCAUUUACACAAUCAUUAUUGAUUGGAAAUCCAUUUCACUAAGUAUUAAAGAUCUUUGGGAGACUAUUAAGCACCCCCGACGCUCCAUAUAUGACAACCAUACUGAUCCUCACAGUAAGAUGAUGAGUAAAUAUGACGAAGUUCCAGACUGGUGGUUUACAGCAGUAAUGAUAAUUGCUAUUGUUAUGGGGAUUGCCUGUGUUAAGGGAUAUCCUACACACACACCUGUUUGGGGUAUAUUCUUUACUAUAGGCAUCAAUUUUAUUUUUCUUAUCCCAAUUACGUUGAUUUAUUCAGUAACUGGGUUUUCCUUUGGUUUAAACGUUCUGGUAGAGCUGAUUAUUGGUUAUACACUUCCUGGAAACGGCACAGCGCUCAAUAUUUUAAAAGCUUAUGGGUAUAAUAUUGAUGGUCAAGCGCAAAGUUAUAUUACUGAUCAAAAGAUGGCACAUUAUGCUAAACUGCCACCAAAGGCUGUAUUUAAAGGGCAAAUGAUAUCUACUAUUUUUCAGGUUUUUGUUUCUGUCGGGGUUGUCAAUUGGCAAAUUUCCAACAUUAGUGGAUUGUGUACCAAAACCCAGCCAGAAAAGUUUACUUGUCCUGGACCAAAUAGCUUUUAUGCAGCUUCUGUUAUUUGGGGUGUUGUUGGUCCUAAGAAAAUCUUUAAAAGUCUUUAUCCUCUUCUCCAGUGGUCAUUUUUAUUUGGGGCUGCCGCAGUAAUUCCUUGCUUGUUGAUGAAAAAGUACUUUAAGAAACAAACGGCAUACUUUCAACCCACACUUGUUAUUGGGGGGCUUUUAUCUUACGCACCUUAUAAUUUAACGUAUAUGACUGGUUCCUUUUAUCUUUCAAUGGCAUUUAUGUGGUACAUAAAAAGAAAGUAUAUUGGAUGGUGGGAAAAGUAUAACUAUGUUGUUUCAUCUUCGCUCACGGCAGGUGUUGCAUUUUCUGCCAUCAUUAUAUUUUUUUCAGUACAGUAUAAGCCUCGAAAGAUAAUUUGGUGGGGAAAUACCGUGUCAUAUUCUGGUGCAGAUGCGGCUGGUGGUAGUCUUCUAGUGUUAAAGGAUGGUGAGAUAUUCGGGCCACCUCCAGGACAGUUUCCUUAA